AUGGCAGAGGUCAUCGGUCUGGUAGCAUCUCUCAUCACCCUGGCAGGUGCGAGUGCGCAGCUAGCCAGGACGCUGCUCGACGUCGCUAAUGUUAUCAAAUCCGCAGAGUACGAAGCUAGGCUCAUUGCUGCAGACAUCAAUGUAUUCUCAAGCUCUCUCACACAGUUGAGUAUGGUUGUGGACACCCCACACAUCAAGACGGAAAAGCUUCGCGAAAUUACUGUCGUCUUGAUCGCUGCAUGCAAAACACUCAUAGAGGAUUUAAAGAUGCUCAUCGGAGAGCCGGUUCAGCAGGACCCUGCAAGACGCGCUUUCAUCAUAUCGCUAAUACAAUUCCGUUUCAGAUGGAUAAAAGUCGGACCCAAGGUCAUGUUCGUCAAGAGCUUGGUGGAUUCGUUCAAGACUACUAUCUUAGUGCUUGUCUCCACGAUGAACUUAGCCGUUGUGCUGGAGAGAAAUGCCCCCGAUUCUAUAAGCGAGAGUCUGACAAUGCAGGUUGAGAGCAACCUGAAGUUUGCGGAAGACGCUACAGAGUGUCUGCAAUAUCACACAACUGUCCAGCAAGACGAGGUUUCAUCUUUCACGCCCACUGUCGAAUCCAGCGCUACGACAGAGGUUGAAGACGCAGCGCAAGGCGCUGGGGGAGAGCUCAUCGUGCCUAGGUUGCGGUCUCUUGACGAGCGCAGCCUAGCAGUACACGACACAGCACUCCUGAACAACCCAGACUUUGAGCAUGAUGGUUCCGCUCUCCAGAUCUUCCGCGACUGUACGCAAGCAAUCGAAAUGCAGCAGAUGUCUAGGGCGUUAGCAAAAGAGGUGCUGGAUCAACCUAGCCGAAAAGCGGCAUGGAACUGGAAUGCCUUCGAGAGUUCUUCUGUACACGAGCGCGCAGACUCAGCUAAUGACGUCGUUACCCCCCAACAGAAGAGUACCGCAAUUCGCCCCAUUCGACCCGACGGCCACGCAUGA